AUGGACAACGAAGCAGAAAUAGAAGAAGAAGAUCUAAACGGCGGCCUAUUCUCCAUCACCCUCUCCUCCUCCGACUCAGACACAUCCCCCACCUCUCCAAAACUUCCCCGAGAUUUCCAAUCCGAAGCCGAUUUCCAGGCUAUUCUCAAGACAUGGAAACCCAAGGUUGAAACGGGAGAUCUAUACAAAACCCUCAAACUCCCGAUAAACAGGCCAACGAAACCGGAGUCUCAGGUGAUUCUACAUGCGGUGGAGGAGUUGUAUUUUUUGAGGCGGUAUGAGGAGGCGUUGGGGGUGGUGGAGAGGGCGUUGGAGGGGGAGUUGGGGGUGGAGAUUAGGGGGGUGCUGGGGAGGUAUAGGGGGAAGUGUGAGGGGAAGGUUGGGAGCUUGGGGAGAAAGUAG